AUCUCUCGUUCAUUGAUACCACUCAAACAUCUACCAAUAUCAAAAGCAAAAGAAAAUAUGGCAAAGUCUCUUCACAUUGCAAUGUUUGUAUCUAUAGUAAUGUUCUUCACGUCAAAUUCGAUUUCUUCCCAGGAAAUUGAUCAAUAUUCACAAGAGGCACCAGGAGAUGUGAAGAUAUCUCCCACAUCGGAUUUUGAUAUUUACGUCGAAUAUCCUGAUGAAUCUUCAUUUAAAGAAGCCGAUUCAUCCGCACUGGAAGCUGAGGUGAAGUUUGAACAUCAUUACACGGACAAACAGUUCCGUUUUCUUGAGGUUUGCGCUCAAAAGCUGACCUCAUCACACUGUGGAGAUGUUCUUUUCAAGAACAUGGUAGGUGAGGGAACUCCAGUAUUGUUAGCUGAAUGUUGUGCUGAGCUACUAAAGAUUGGAAAAGAUUGUUAUCUAGGAACGGCUCAAGUCAUUUUAUCGACUUACGAGUAUAGAAAUAUUGCGUUUAAGGCUAUUCCGAAAAGCAAACAGACAUGGAAUGAUUGUGUUCGUCUAACUGAGAAUUGAAACUCAGAUGGGUAGUUUGAUCGUUAUUGAGAAACUAAACUAAUUGAUAUUCCAUUGUGAUGAUGUUUUAUAUAUGUGAUUAUGUAACUCACGUGUCAUGACAGUUACCAUUAUAUAAAUAAAGUUAAAGAUCUUUUUACA